AACAUUAAUCCAGAUUGAAUAAUAGUCACCCCUCAAGGACUGCAAUCAAUAUAAACAAAUAUACGAGCAGCUCACUGAAUACUUCAUUAAGUUACUUGAAAAGACCAGUAGGUCAUGAGAGAUCUUGAAGGUAUACAAAAUGUCUGAGGUGGAGAUCAAUGGUCAUAAUGAGGGGGUAGAUUUGGACCUUGCACUCACAAAGGCUGCACUCACUUCCUCUUCUACAAAUCUGCGAUUGGGUCAGUUGAAAUCCAUUGCGGAAAGAAUUUCAAAGAAAGGUAUGUGAAUGCUGUGCUUUAGACCAACGUUCUUUCAAUCAACCGCUGACAAUACUUCGUGUAUAGAGCUUGAUUCAAACCUUUUCCCUGUUCUAUUGCAACUAUUAUUUUCCACAUAUCCAUAUUAUCACGACAGAGAUUCGCGGCUUGCUGUCCAACUUUGCAUACGAAAUAUAUUCGAUUUCGAUUGCGAAUAUGAGUUACUGUCCAGUUUCUUAGAUGCAUUAGACACCGAAACUAGGAAGGUGGGGCUGGCUCCAAGUAAUGCGUUUGUGUUAGUCGAAUACUGUAGCGCGAUAUUGCAAGUAACUACUACUGAUGCCAGAUGGAAGAGCUGGGGUUUAUUAGUUGUGGUUGGGAAUGCGCGAGCGCUUGAAUUAUGCAUUACAUCGAAACAUAGAGCUUCUGCACUCAAGACUACAUGGCGAGGUUUAAGGAAAGUUUUUCAAAGCGAUGUUUUCCAAACUGCAAUCGAGGACAGUGUCCAGGAAUUGAGUUCCAAAGAGGGUCAGCCUUCCUCUAAAAAUGCUGUGAUGAUAGGGGCAAUUUCGGGAGUAUGUGCCAGGAAACCACAAGCAAAAGUGGUAUUGGAGAGCAAGAAGUCUCUAAUAUACAGCUACUAUACGCGCGAAAUUAUAGCCUCCAGGACUCAGCUACCUCCACAUCUUGCCAGUGCUCUGAAAGACUUCUUUGUGGAUUUUGCAACUCAGGAAGAAUUUGAGCGAGAAAUAGUACCAUCCCUUGAGAAGGCGCUACUAAGGGCUCCUGAAAUUGUACUAAACGACCUUGUCACGCCACUCUUCCAGUCUCUACCUAGCUCAGUAGAUCUCUCAAGUGUUCUUCGAAUGAAGCUUUUGAAACCUAUCCUAUCUAAUAUCAAAUCCACCAACCCCACAAUUCGUCAAGGAGCCUUGUCUGCAUUCAGAGCAAUUGUACCCAAAUGUCAUGAUGAGAUCUCGAUUGCCCAAGUGUCAGAAGAGAUACUGACGCCACUAAAAGGAGGCAAAAUCUCCGCGGCAGACCAGAGAGCUAAUUAUGCAGAAAUGCUUUCGAUUUUGCCAGUCUCCAAGUCAAAUGCUUCGACAGCUAUCGGUCUCGCAGCGAUUGCAGGAAAAGAAGCAAACGAAGCUGCACUAUCAGCAGAGACAUUCGCGCUAUUACACUACCUCAAAAAGAGGGUACAAAAUGAAUUCGCUUUGGACAAAUCUAUCGUUGGCGCCUUUGCGAAAGGUCUUUCUGAUAAAAAGGUUCCCGUAAAGAAACUAUGGACGAUCCGCCUUGGAGAAUUGCUUUGGGAUACUGAAGAGUCUGAGCUAUCUGAGUCAAAACAAUUAGCGGAAGAAACCGCAACAGCAUUGGUAGAUACAUGGCAAGAAGUUAUCGCGAAUUCCAUACCUGCAGCUCAAUCUGGUCUUAUCACUGCAGCUUAUGUCGUUGCAGCGAUCUCACAGGCGAAAUUGGGAAUUAUUUCAGGUGCGAAGGUUGACGCGGCGCUAAAAAAGGCUCAAGUAUCGCAUCAAUCACUAGCUAUGGAGCCUAAGCCAUCGUUUUUACUGAAUCCGCGCAUUUAUAGCAAGCUUUCUACUUACGAUGAUUUCAUGUGGUUCGUGAGAGCUUUAUUUUCCUUUCCGGAUCAGCUUGCUUCGCUCGACCCGGCAUCUUUGUCCGCUAUCGGAUGGUCUCAAGCUGUCAUAUUUUCUAUAUGUUCUCCAAACGUUCAUUAUGACGUUAGGAGACAUGCCUCUCAUUUACUUUCCGAAUUUUAUGUCCGCUUUCCUGGCAAUGUAUCCAAGAUACUCACAUUUGGUUUGUGGAAAUGGCUACAAUCUAUCGAGCUUGGAGAAAAGGACAGCGCUCCAAUAUCGGCAAAAACAGAGAACGAGAAUCUGCAUUUAGUACUGAAAGCUAUUUGUUUGAUACCAGCAGAAAUUACUCGUCGUGGCGGUAUUGUGGACCAGGCAGUAGUCAAGGACCAGAUGGUCUCACUGUUGGUUGUUUGUCGAUCAGAACUACUCCCAAGAGUGAGCUGGAUAGAGUUGUGCUUGAAGGCUGAGGUCGAUCCUGGCAACCUUGCUAGGGAAAAAGGAGAUGAUUUGUUGAAGCAGAUUCUCGACAUUACAAGCAUUCAAGAUGUGGGUGCCACGCCACGAUCCAAAGUAGUCAAAGAUGCUGCAUAUAAUGCCGCUGCCGAGCUUGCGUUUGUCGCUCCUGACGUUAUGACACCACGAAUUGUGGAGCUUAUCGAGCAGGACCUUGAUGCUACGCAGUUCGCCAAUGUUGGUCCAACAGAGGCGGCAAUUUUCCGCACCCCAGAAGGAACAGCUUUUGUAGAUGUAUUGGCCUCUAAAGCUCAAAGUUACGUUCCGAACAAGAACACUAAAGAUUACGAUACCUUAAAAUGGGAAGAGGAGCUCCGAGCCUCGUUGGCGAAAAAGAAGGGCCAACAAAAGAAGCUUACACCGGAAGAAACGGCUAAAGUCAAAGCUCAACUGUCAAAAGAAUCAGAAAUUAGACGCCAGAUUCGUGCUCUGGAGUCAAGACUGUUACGUGGAGUUGGAAUCAUCAAAAGUCUGGCAACGGGGCCUCCAACAGAAGCCUCUCUAUGGAUGGGACCUGCCAUAAGAGUUUUGAUAAAGGUGAUGAAUGCUGGUGCUGGAUUAAUUACAGGUACAGCUGCCCCGGAUGCUUACAUACUCUGUGCCGAAAGAGUUUCUAGUCGCAUAGGUAUCCUCCGUUCAUUUAUUGGAUUAGCAACUCUCAGAGCUAUGAAUGUUCCACAGUUGCCACAAGCCCUCACACAAGAACCACUCGGGGCCCUUAUUACACGUGUGUUGUAUCGCCUAAGAUUCUCGGCAGAACAACGUCCAUUUGAUACAGUCUCUCUCAUCUAUGCUCUCCCUCUUGUCUUCUUAGUUCUUCGCGAUGGUGGAUUUGGAGAGAGUGAUGAUGCGGAGGCUCAACUGGUUCUCGCCUUGGAAUUCCUUUCUUUUCACACUGAUGCUUGUUCCGACGUUCUGGUUCCCCGAGACGAAGUUCUCUCCACAUUGAUAUCAUCGAUGCAGGCCUACAAUCAGCAUUACAAAGCAAUUAAAGAUUGCUUGUCGGAUCUAUGUAGGUGUAUUGCGCCUAACAUUACCGAUAAGGAGAUUUCUAUUCUUGCUCAAGGAGCCAUUGUUCCGCAAGUCGCUGUACGAACCUCAGUAUUGCAGUCAAUAAGUGCAGAGAUUGAUAUGAGUGAGCUCGACUUCUCUAACGAGAUGUGGCUAGCGUGCCAUGACGAUGUAGAAGAGAAUAUCGACCUUGGGCGAGAAAUCUGGGAGGAAAGUGAAUUCAAAAUAUCCACCGAGUCACCAUUCAGGAUGCUGCCCUAUCUCGAAGGCUCAGAUAAGCAACUUCGCCGAGCUGCAGCUAGAUCUAUUGCCGAAGCUGUGAAGAUACAGCCUUCAACAUUCAAGGAUAUUCUGAGCCGUCUGCAGUCCUCCUAUACGGAGCUAGCAAAACCUCGACUUCCUCAGCUUGAUGAGUAUGGAAUGCCCAGGAAGAUGGAUUUGUCAGACCCGUGGGAGGCCCGAAAUGGUGUUGCACUUGCAUUUAGAGAACUUGCUAACGUUUUUGAUGAAUCACUUCUUACACCGUUCCUUAGCUUCUUAAUCGAGGGUCCAUUGGGUGAUAGAAAUUCAGCUGUCAGAGAGGAAAUGGUCGAGUCCGCCACAGCAAUUAUAGCUGUUCACGGAAAGGACAAAGUGGAAGAACUGAUGGAAACCUUCGAACGCACACUCGAGACACCGGAUAAAGGCUCUGAGUUCUCCGAUAGAGUAAACGAGGCUGUGAUCAUCAUGUAUGGUGCCCUGGCACGACAUCUGAAAGCUGGCGAUGAACGUGUGCCGAAGGUUGUAGACAGGCUUCUGGAGACCUUAAGUACCCCAUCCGAGACGGUGCAAUAUGCCGUGGCGGAGUGCUUGCCACCACUAGUCCGUGCAUCAAAGGAGAACAUUUCGGAUUACAUUCAGUUGGUCCUCGACAGGUUGUUCAAUUCAAAGAAAUAUGCCGGUCGACGUGGUGCAGCGUAUGGUCUUGCAGGUAUCGUUAAUGGAAAAGGAAUCUCGGCUCUAAGAGAGCACAGGAUAAUGCUUACACUUAGAGGCGCCAUUGACAAUAAAAAGGAUGUCAAUCACCGGGAAGGAGCUCUGUUGGCUUACGAGCUUCUGUCCAUGAUUCUUGGCCGCAUUUUUGAGCCUUACGUUAUACAAAUUGUGCCUCAACUGCUCUCGAGCUUCGGUGAUUCCAGCGCAGACGUUCGCGAGGGCUGUUUAGCAGCAGCAAAAGUAUGCUUUGCGAGCUUAAGUUCAUACGGAGUGAAGCAGAUUUUGCCAACGCUACUUGAUGGUCUGGAUGAUGACCAAUGGCGAAGCAAAAAAGGAGCCUGUGACCUUCUUGGUGCCAUGGCAUACCUUGAUCCUCAACAACUAGCCCAGAGUCUUCCCGAGAUCAUUCCACCUCUUACUGGUGUAUUGAAUGACAGUCACAAAGAGGUCCGACUUGCUGCGAACCGCAGUUUGAAGCGCUUCGGAGAAGUUAUCAACAAUCCCGAGAUCAAGAGUCUCGUGGAUGUCCUCCUCAAGGCUCUCAGCGAUCCAACUAAAUACACGGACAAUGCUUUGGACUCGCUUAUCAAAGUAUCCUUUGUACACUAUCUGGACUCCCCUUCCCUUGCUCUUGUUGUUCGUAUCCUUGAGAGAGGCUUGGGUGACAGGUCAGCAACCAAGCGAAAGUCUGCACAAGUUAUAGGUAGUCUUGCCCAUUUGACAGAAAGAAAGGACCUUGUAUCCCACCUACCAAUUUUGGUUGCCGGGUUAAAGAUUGCGAUUGUUGAUCCGGUCCCAACUACUCGUGCAACUGCAUCCAAAGCUCUUGGUUCUCUCAUUGAAAAACUGGGAGAAGAUGCUCUUCCAGAUCUUAUUCCAGGGCUCAUGCAAACACUCAAGUCAGAUACUGGCGCUGGAGAUCGACUUGGAUCUGCACAAGCACUAAGUGAGGUACUUGCUGGGUUGGGUACAGCCCGCCUCGAAGAGACUCUUCCCACAAUUCUCCAGAAUGUUGCUUCAUCUAAACCUUCCGUUCGUGAAGGCUUCAUGUCGCUGUUCAUAUUCUUGCCUGUGUGUUUCGGAAAUAGCUUUGCCAACUAUCUUAGUAAGAUCAUCCCACCUAUUCUCUCUGGUUUGGCAGAUGAUAUCGAAUCGAUUCGCGACACGUCUUUGAGAGCCGGUCGUCUCCUUGUCAAGAAUUUCGCCACGAGAGCCAUUGACCUUUUGCUUCCUGAGCUGGAGAGAGGUCUUGCAGACGAUAAUUAUAGAAUUCGUCUCAGUUCAGUCGAACUGGUUGGCGAUCUUUUGUUCAAUCUCACCGGGAUUAGUGCGAAUACAGAACAAGAUGAGGCCGAAGAAGGUGCACAAGAAGCUGGUGUAUCCUUACUCGAGGUACUUGGCGAGGAGAAGCGCAAUAAGGUACUGUCCUCAUUGUACAUUUGUCGAUGCGACACUUCUGGUCUGGUUCGAACAGCAGCUGUCAAUGUUUGGAAAGCUCUUGUGGCAAGUCCCCGUACUCUUAAGGAGCUUAUUCCUACGCUCACACAACUCAUCAUUCGGCGGUUGGGAAGCUCCAACAUGGAGCAGAAGGUUAUUGCAGGUAAUGCACUGGGUGAGCUGAUCCGCAAAGCGGGCGAUGGAGUUCUCUCAACCUUACUGCCUACUCUGGAGGAUGGCCUGCAAACUUCUACGGAUGCAGAUGCUAAGCAAGGAAUAUGUAUUGCACUACGUGAAUUAAUUUCAUCGGCCUCCCCAGAGGCGCUGGAAGAUCAUGAGAAGACAUUAAUCUCGGUCGUCAGAGUUGCUUUGAUAGAUUCAGAUGAUGAAGUCCGGGAGGCAGCGGCUGAAGCCUUCGAUUCUCUACAGCAAAUCCUUGGCAAGAAAGCUGUCGACCAGGUCUUGCCAUAUCUCUUGAGCUUGCUUCGUACUGAAGGCGAGGCUGACAAUGCUCUGUCUGCACUAUUGACCUUAUUGACCGAAACGACAAGAUCAAACAUCAUCCUUCCUAACCUCAUUCCCACCUUGACUACCUCGCCUAUAUCUUCAUUCAAUGCUAAAGCACUUGCCUCACUUUCUACUGUUGCAGGGCCGGCUAUGGCAAGAAGACUACCUACUAUAUUGAAUUCACUGAUGGAUAACAUCAUUGCUUCUAAGGAAGAUGAUCUCAAGGCAGAUCUGGAGUCAUCUUUCGACACGGUUGUCCAAUCCAUUGACGAAUUUGAUGGUCUCAACGUGGCUAUGAAUGUUCUCCUUGCAUUGGUGAAGCAUGAUGAUCAUCGCAGAAGAGCAAACGUGGAUUACCGUCUAGCAAAGUUCUUUGCUGCAGCUACAGUUGAUUACUCUCGCUACAACCAGGAUAUUGUACGGGCACUGCUUGUUUCUUUUGACGAUAGAGACCCAGAAGUAGUCAAGGCCGCCUGGACGGCACUUUCAGAGUUUACUAAACACUUGAAGAAGGAAGAAAUGGAAGCACUUGUUUAUUCGACAAGGCAGACUUUACAACAUGUCGGUGUACCUGGAUCUAACUUGCCUGGUUUCGGGCUACCCAAGGGUAUUAACGCAAUCCUGCCCAUAUUCUUGCAAGGUCUUAUGAACGGUACUGCUGAGCAGCGUACUCAAUCUGCUCUGGCUAUAUCCGACAUAGUUGACCGUACCAGUGGAGAUUCUUUGAAACCGUUUGUCACUCAAAUUACUGGACCUCUUAUUCGAGUCGUUUCUGAGAAAUCUGUUGAUGUUAAAGCUGCCAUUCUUUUGACAUUGAACGGUCUGUUGGAAAAGAUCCCGACGUUCCUAAAACCCUUCCUUCCACAAUUGCAACGUACAUUUGCCAAGUCUUUGGCAGACACAUCUAGCGAAGUCCUCAGAACUCGUGCUGCCAAAGCUUUGGGUACUUUGAUUACUUUAACUCCAAGAAUCGAUCCCUUAAUUGCCGAGUUGGUUACAGGUUCAAGGACUUCGGACUCCGGAGUCAGGAACGCUAUGCUUAAGGCACUGUAUGAAGUUAUCAGUAAAGCUGGUGCUAAUAUGGGAGAAGCUUCGCGCAGCGCAGUGCUUUCGCUAAUCGAUACCGAUGCAGAGGAUAAUGAUGUGUCUAUGGCCAUCACUAACGCCAAACUCCUGGCAGCCUUGAUCAAAAACCUUACGCCUGAGAACGCUUCAGGACUGAUUAAGAACCGUGUCAUGACAACCCAUUUUACUCCUUCUACAGUUCUCGCUUUGAAUGCUGUCCUUGUCGAAGCACCAUCGUCAUUGACGGAAACUGCCUUUGCUGAUGAUCUACCAGAAAUCAUCUGCCAAGGCAUGUCAAGCAAAAAUGUUAGUAUGAUUGUAUUCAUUUAAAGGUUUCAAGCUAAUUCAUUAAAUAGGACUUUAUCUCAGAGAAUUGUAUCCUCGCCGCAGGAAAAUAUCUCCUUGCUGAGACAGCCAACCAUGAAUUCGAGACGACAAAACCAAUAUUUGAAUCAUUAGCAAAGUUGAUUCAACCAGGAAAUACCGCCGAUGCUCGUCGUCUAUCACUUGUAGUGAUUCGUACAAUAUGUCGCCACCAAGCCGAAGCAGUUCGACCACAUCUUCCUAUGCUCGCCACACCUGUAUUUGCAGGUGUUCGAGAUCCUAUCAUUCCCAUCAAGCUAGCAGCAGAAGCAGCAUUCCUCGCAUUGUUCAAUGUCGUUGAAGAAGAAAGUAAGAUAUUUGAUAAAUACAUUGCAGCUCAAGAACUGCCACCGAACCAAAGGAGAAGCAUGCAGGAUUACUUCAAAAGAGUUGCAUUAAGAUUAGGUAUUACGGCACGAGAGAGGAGGGAAGCUGAAGGUGGGCAAGGUGGACUGGGUCUUUCUAAUGAUGAGGUUGAUGAUGAAAAAGAGAUCUCAAGUAUUGGAAAGGUAGAUCUGGGCGAAAAGGCUUUUGAUGCAUAAAGGAAUGAGCUUAUGACUUGAUGUAUGUUUGAAUUCCGCAUAAUCAUUGCAUUGCCGAGAAAAAGUCGUUAGAUAAAAUUUUAGAUUCAAGUUACUUUUACAAACUGUAGUCUUCUUAAUUCUGUAGUGACCUAUCAAUUAUCGUUCUCAUCGUUCUGAAACUUAAGAUCUUUUGUCUAGAGAAAUAGAUCCAGAUGGAGGCGGCAUCUUUAGUAAUGCUUCAUUUUGUUGGGAUUGAAAUGCUGUUGUAUUGCAAAAUAGGGCAAGGGAUUCGGUAGUUGAUUAGAUUGUGUGAAAGGAUUCGUGCUGAGAUUGGAGAUGUGGUUUAUAGAGUAGAGUAUAAUUUCAAUCGGGCGGGGAGCUUGAAUAAAUGGCUUCUCGUUACUUAAC